UGAAAUCAUUCCUUAUUUCCUCAGAGCAGAAACUAACUCAAGACACACUUGAAACACUUGAACAGGAUCAUCUCUGGCCCGGGAUCAGGUCUAUGAUGCUUCUGUUCAUUUUCGUUUUAGGACUGCUGGACAGUCGAGCCCAUGGUUGGUCUCAAACCAAGAUCAUGGUGAACUCUGAUGUCCUGACGGGUACUGAUGUGAUUCUGGACUCUGGUUCUCCUCUUCAUCUGAGCUGUGAAGGUGAUGGACCAGUAACAUGGCUUCCACGGCUGAAUAAACACAGACGCUACAUCUCCAAAGAAACGGGAAACAUCCGGAGUUUUCACGUGGAUAAAGCCACAGUGGAAUUUACCGGCACAUACACCUGUAGUUACAUGAGCGGAGAUAAAUCAAAUGAAUCUUCCUCUCUGCAUGUGUUUGUCAGGGAUCCACAGGUUCUGUUUGUGACUCCGAGCACACCUCUGAGUUACGUGCGGAAAGAAGGUGAAGAUCUGCUGUUACCGUGUCUACUGACCGACCCCAACGCCACAGACUUCACAUUUCGUAUGGAUAACAAUUCAGCUCUGCCUCAUGGCAUGAACAUCACCUUUGACCCCAGGAAGGGUGUUCUGAUUCGAAACGUUCACCCCGGAUACAACGCAGACUAUGUGUGCAGUGCGAGAGUAAGAGGAAUUGAGAAAGUUUCAAAGACUUUCAAAAUUAACGUCAUACAAAAACUACGCUUUCCUCCGUAUGUUUUUUUGGAAAGAAACGAGUACGUCAGAUUGGUGGGAGAAAAACUUCAAAUCAGCUGUACCACAAAUAACCCAAACUUUAACUACAAUGUUACCUGGACGCACUCCUCAAGAAAGCUGCCUGAUGCUAAGGACAAAUCUGCGAUGUCAGGAAAUGGAAUUGCCAUUAUGAGCGUCCUCACCAUUCCAGAUGUCCGACUCUCUGAUUCAGGAAACAUCACCUGUACAGGGCAGAAUGAAGCCGGAGCCAACAGCUCCACCACUCAGCUGCUGGUUGUGGAUGAGCCCUACAUUCGACUGUCAGCGAAGCUUUCAUCUAAACUCACCCAUAACGGUCUGUCCAUUGAAGUCAGUGAAGGAGACGAUGUAGAUCUGAGGGUUCUUAUUGAAGCGUACCCCCCUCUGAAAUCUCACUCGUGGGAGAUUCCAGUACCCCAUAAUGCAUCUCUCCUAGAGCAAAAGUUUUACAACUAUAACGACAGGUAUGAAGCCCUGCUGUUUCUCAAAAGACUGAACUUUCAGGAAAUGGGUCGCUACACGCUUCAUGUGCAGAACGACAUGAGAAACGCCUCCAUUUCAUUUGAUAUUAAAAUGUAUAGGAAGCCGGUUACUGUGGUGAAAUGGGAGAAUGUCACAACUCUAUCCUGUAAGUCAUAUGGAUAUCCAGCUCCAAGCAUCAUUUGGUACCAGUGCACAGGAACUGACAUCUCAUGCACGGAGAACUCUACGGGACUCGAAACGGAGACGGUGGAGUUUCAUAAGGAACAAUAUGGAAGUGUGGGUGUGGAAAGCGUCUUGACCAUUGGAUCAUCCGUUCAGAGAAUGACCGUGGUGUGUGUGGCCUACAAUCUGGUCGGCCGGGACAGUGACAUUUUUGCAAUGGAAGUUUCUGAUAAACAUUUCACCAGCAUUUUAUGUGGAGGUGCGGGUGCCAUGACAGUGCUUCUCCUGCUUCUCUGCUUCCUGCUGUACAAGUACAAACAGAAACCCAGAUAUGAGGUCCGCUGGAAGAUCAUUGAAACCACAAAUGGAAAUAACUACACCUUCAUAGACCCAACGCAACUGCCAUACAAUGAGAAGUGGGAGUUUCCACGAGACAAACUCAAGCUGGGUAAGACUCUGGGCGCAGGAGCCUUUGGGAAGGUGGUGGAGGCUACAGCAUACGGUCUGGGGAAAGACGACAAUAUCAUACGUGUUGCUGUAAAAAUGCUUAAAGCCAGCGCUCAUACAGACGAGCGGGAAGCUCUGAUGUCAGAACUGAAAAUCCUCAGUCAUCUUGGGCAGCACAAGAACAUUGUGAAUCUGCUGGGUGCCUGCACUUAUGGCGGCCCAGUGUUGGUGAUCACCGAGUACUGUUGCCAUGGUGACCUCUUGAACUUCCUGCGUCAAAAAGCUGAAACCUUCUUGAACUUUGUCAUGACGGCCCAGAACGUUCCAGAGCAGACGACGGAUUACAAGAAUGUGACCGGCGAUCGGGCAUUUUUCAGAAGUGACAGUGGGAUAUCCAGCACCUGCUCUGAUCAUUAUCUGGACAUGAGACCAGCAACAUCCAGACUGACAAACUCACUUCUGGAUUCUUCUUGUGAGAAUCAGGAAGAAGAUUCAUGGCCGGUGGACAUGGACGACCUGCUCAGAUUCUCCUAUCAGGUGUCUGAAGGACUUCACUUCCUCGCAGCUAAAAAUUGUAUCCACAGAGAUGUGGCAGCCCGCAACGUUUUGCUUACCGACGGACGUGUGGCUAAGAUUUGUGAUUUUGGGCUGGCACGAGACAUCAUGAACGAUUCCAACUAUGUGGUCAAAGGAAACGCUCGUCUUCCUGUGAAAUGGAUGGCUCCAGAGAGCAUCUUUGAGUGUGUGUACACGGUUCAGAGUGAUGUGUGGUCUUAUGGCAUCUUACUGUGGGAGAUCUUCUCAUUGGGUAAGAGCCCGUACCCCAACAUGCUGGUGGACUCAAAAUUCUAUAAGAUGAUCAAAUGUGGCUAUCAGAUGUCCAGACCUGAUUUUGCUCCUCCUGAGAUAUAUACAAUCAUGAAGAUGUGCUGGAACCUGGAACCGUCCGAGAGGCCAACCUUCAACAAGAUCAGCCAGCUUAUCGAGAGAUUGUUGGGAGAGACACCAGACCAGCAGCAGACAGAGUACCAAAAUGUCCAGUCUGAAGCACCCGAUGACCAACAGCUGGAAUCGUGUGAAAUUGUUACCAAUGAAGAAUGUGAGUCAUGUGAGACGUCAUGUGACCAGGAUGAAGACGCACAGCUGCUUACGAAAGUGAACAACUAUCAGUUCUGUUGAGAGUCAGACUGGUUCACAGAUUCAUAAUCUCUUCACUGACACAUGGAAACGAAGCUCAGACGCAAUUCAUGUCUCAAUGACCAUGAGUCACAAACAUGGAAAGAUGCAAUUUUACACGCUCUCGUUUUUUUGAUUGCUUAAAUAAUCUUGAUAACAGUUCUUCUAUAGUGUUUGUGUUGUUGACCAGUUUUCACUUAAAUCAUGUAGGACAUCUGACACCAAGCUGCUCAAAAUUCUGAACAAAACAUGUUUUAUAGAUAUCCUUUAAAAAAUGCUCAAAACAUGUGUCGGUACCAGUUUGCGUGUUGCGUUUCUCUGUCCGUGACCUGUUAAGAAAAGACUCUCCCAGUUUUUGGGUCAUGACCCAGACGCUAAGACUCUGUUGUAAACAGUCUUAAAUUGCUUGGCUAAGUUUAGGUGUGUUGUUACGAACCCAACCGGUUUCACUUCUCAGAUAACACCAUUUACGGAUCUCCAAACCUCACAUUCGGUUUCCUCUUGUAUGUAAGCUUGAACUUCCCUGUUCGGGAAUGAUGCUAGUUCAUCACUUUGAGAUGCGAACGCUGCAUGUUGCACUUCCUCAUUUAACACAUUCUGCCUGCCAGUGGCUUCUGUUUUCGCAAUCUUGGAUAAAAUCCUAUAAACAAACAUUUUGCAUUUGCGUGUGAUUCACCUGUUUGCUGCAUGCAGGUGUGAAAGAACAGGUGAGAGGUGAAUGAAGCAGGUUAGUGAGGUGAGGUGUAAGUCAGCCCUCUGCUCUGGUUCUUAGUCAAUCUUGGAAGGCAAACAAAGUAUUUUACCACCCUUUACUGCUGAUUAUGGUAGUUAGGAGCGAUAAGAAGCUUAAUGCAGGCCUACAGCAGAACUCCACACCUCUAAUGGGUGAAACAUUGACACGCUCGUGGUGCAAUAAUGUUUCUGAGGUCAGACGUUCGUUGACUUUAUUUCAUCAGAUGACUGAGGGUUGAAGGUUAAAUGGUUUCUCAUUAAUAAACAACCUUGUUCAUUAUAGAAGCCUUUAAAAUAGAGCAACACUGAUUUUAAUUGCAAUAAUAUAAGGCAAACUAACUGUGUAAAUGAACAAGUUUGUUUGUUGUAUGUGACCCUACUUGUGAAAUCCAUACUUAAGUCUUAUAGUCAAAUUAAUUCUGAGAUUAAAGGAGAAUCAAAGUUUUAUUUUACUCAUUGAUUUCAGUCUUUGGUAUCUUACCAAGUCAAUAUUAAAGGGAUAGUUCACCAAAAAAUGAAAAUUGUGUAAUUAUCUCUCAUGUUAGUUCAAAUCUGUAUAAAUUUAUUUGUUUUGAUGAACACAAAGGAAGAUAUGUUGAUUAAUGUUUUAACUGAACUAAUCAGAGGCAUCCAUAGUUGAGAAAAGAAUACUAGGGUGAUUCUCACGAAAACUUGGUUUUAAAAAUUUCAAGCAUAAAAAUGUAAAAAUUGCUUAUAUUUACUUUUUUUCCCACCAGACAUUGAAAAACAAAGUCUGGAGUAAAUGGGAACAUUAAUUUAAAAACUUUUACUUAUCAUUUAACACUUUUUGUAACAUAAUUUCUAAAAAAUCUCAUUACCGCAACAGUCAGAAAACAUCAACACUGACAUAUUUUCAAAAUGACAUGACAAACCUGAAAGAACAUAAUUUGGAGAUUCUGCACAUGCAUUUAAAAUCAAAGUAUUAUGCUUCUAUUAAUUAAAUUAACAUUUAAUAAGCAUCUGUUGUGGUAAUGAUAAUCAAAAUGUCGUGUAAGCAUUCUGACAAGACAAUAUUUCAAAUUAACUGUAAAAAAAUGAUCUUACCUGGUAGCCAUCUUGAAGUAACUGGUCCAUGUGCUUGGUCACUCAAAAUCAAACUUUAUUAAAAUUCUGUAUGUGUGCUUAAACUGUUCUCAAAAAGUGUUGCGGAGGAUGAGAACAUCAGGCAUGGACACAUCAUUUUCCUAAUUGUUCUUCAUUAUUAUUAUACAUGAAUAUUCAGUAAAUAUUUUUUCUGUCAUCUAAAGUAGUCUAGCAAAACAUCCAUUUAUUUUUUUCUUAAUAUUUUUGUGUUCAUUUGAUUAAAUUACAACAUAACGCAUGUUCAAACACAGCCGGACACAUUGCGGUAAUGAGAAUUUCAGCAGAAAAUGAGAUAAAAUUUACAAUUAUAAAUUCUUAUGUUGAAAUCACACAUUGUGCAAGGUAGAACACAGUAUUGUGUUAAUUCUGAUGCUUUUUAAUGUUACUAUAUUACACAUUUUAAAGCUAAAAUCAUUAGUGCCGUGGUGUUUCAAUGGUUUCGUGAGAAUCACCCACUAAGUCAAUGGGGCAUCUGAUUGGUUUGGUUACAAACAUUAUUCAAAAUAUCUUCCGUUUUGUUCAUCUGAACAAACACAUUUAUACAGGUUUGAAACAACAUCCCUUUAAGGAAAUCAAGGAUAUAUUUUUAAAGAAUGUUGUUUACAUUAUGUAGGAUGAUUUUAUGUAGAAAAAGGCAAAUCACUAAUAAAUGACUUUAGCUUGCUUUUUACUGUACAUAGAGUAUAACAUAUUCAAGAAAUUUUCUCAUUCAUUUAUUUUUGUUUGAAAUGAAAGCUUUUUUAAUUCAAGAGAUGUUCAUAUAAUACAAAAAUUAAGCUAUAUCUCUUUUCUUUUUUUACAAUUUGCUUGUUCACCUAUAAUUUUAAAGGUGCAGUGUGUAGAUUUUAGCAGCAACUAGUGGUGAGUUUGCGUAUUGCACCCCUCCCUUUUGAAUAGCAUAGAGAAGCUAUGGUACCGAUUACAGGACAAAAAAAAACGUAGUGACAAACGCGCUCUGUAAGCAGUUUGUCCGUUUAGGGCUACUGUAGAAACAUGGUGGUGCAAAAUGGCUGCUUCCAUGUAAGGGGACCUGCGGUGUAUGUAGAUAAAACAGCUCAUUCUAAGGUAAUAAAAACAACAGUUCAUUAUGUAAGGUUUUUAACCACUGAUAAUAUAGUUAUGUAGAUUAUAUUGCAUUUCUGUCAAGAGAUCCUACUUAAAUUUACACAAUGCACCUUUAAAGAGAAAAAUCUUUACUUUUUGUGGUACAUUUGUACAAAAGUAUCUCUUUGUUUAAAUAAUUUUGCAUUAAAUGUAGCACCAGACACAUACUGCCAUACAGAGUAACCCUUGAGUUCUCAAAAGACAUUAUAUUGUUUUUACAUUGGUCUUCGCGUAGAAAUGUAACAUUUUUCUGUGUUAUCUAUUGUUAAAUCUGACAAGUUUAUUCCUGAAUCAGAAUCAAUGACGUCUUAGACUGAACAUUCUAUGUCAUGAAUAAAAUUCUGUUUGUGGGGAAUUAAAGCUUUAUCGGUAACACUUAACAAUAA